AUGGCUUUAAAGAGAAUUAAUAAAGAAUUAUCAGAUAUUGCUAAAGAUCCACCAUCCAGCUGCAGUGCUGGUCCAGAUACAGAUGAUAUUUUCCAUUGGACAGCUACUAUUAUGGGUCCAAAAGACUCACCAUACGAAGGAGGUGUUUUCUUUUUAAAUAUUAAUUUCCCAACAGAUUAUCCAUUUAAACCACCAAAGAUUAGUUUUGUUACCAAAGUUUACCAUCCAAAUAUUAAUGCCAGCGGAAGUAUUUGUUUAGAUAUUUUAAAGGAACAAUGGAGUCCAGCCUUAACUAUUCCAAAAGUUUUACUUUCAAUUAGUGCCCUUUUAUCUGACCCAAAUCCAGAUGAUCCUCUUGUACCAGAUAUUGCCAAUUUAUUUAAAACAGACAAAAAUAGAUUCGAAUCUAAUGCCCGUGAGUGGACAAGAAAAUAUGCACAAUAA